UUUUCAAAGAGACCUCGUAGAGCAAGUGGUUGCCACUUACCAAAAUUGUCUCGUAAGAGUGCCAGAGAACCUCCUUCUACCAAACUGGGGUGAGCAAAAACAACAACAAGAACAAGAGCAUCCAUCUGCCUUCGCUACUUCUUCACCCUUUCGGUACGUCAAAGUGCCGCUAUUGUUUGCACUUGGUGACAAAUUGCGACAUGACCGCAAAAUUUUUCUGAUCGCCCUACGACGCUUGGCCGUGGGAUGGUUCUCCAAUUUGGAUCAACGACCAGACUUCGUUUGGUUCCUGCAUGGUGGGGACCUCAUGCCUUUCAACGUGUUAAGGAUAAAGGUACAACUAGUUCGAUGAUGACCUCCAAGUGUACUUCUGGUCUAGUGCGAAUGACCAAGUGUACUUCUUCUAGUCUAGUGCGAACUAUCUUCACAUAGGACAAUCAUGUCGUUCACCUUGAAGGUGACUGGGAUAAUAGAGGAACAGCACUCUCCAAAAACAUAAAAACAUACUUUUUCGCUAAUAUGUGCGGACCCAAAUAACAUUGUUCCGGCGUCGCUAGACCUUGUCGCCGAUAGGGACGGGGACUUUCAGGAAUCACGAGUCUACAUUCCUCAGUUAAGGCUCUCACUAAUUUUUCAUUUUUAAGCCUUGAAACCACGCAUCGGCGAGCAUCGCAGGGAUCCACGCAGCUCCCCAAUGCUCUUCAAGGAUGCAGUUCAUCUUGAAAGAUGAUUUUUUGUGGAGAGGGGGUCUAACGCAACGAGUGGACUUCGAUGCACCGGAUGAAGGUAUGCCAUUUGUCACUCUGUUAAGGCAGCUCCCGGCAUUGAUUCACAGCAUGAAGAUGUUCAAGACAGGUUAAGAUCAGAGGGAGAAUAGAUGAACAAGAAGUAAUAAACUAACCGGUUGUUUGUGUUUGGGAUGUCCUCAGGUUCUUGGUCGUUCUUAUCCGCACAGAGGUUACUAGUAGGAUGUGAGGUAUCUUCGAUCGUGAGGUGGAGCAUAUUACUUAUCUAAACUUGUGGCAUUCCUUGCAAAGAAUACAGGAGCUCGUGCCCAAUCCUGCACAGAACGAGGUCGAAACAAGGGUACAUCAGAACGAGGUCGGAAAUGAAGUGGAGGCACAGGGAGUCGACGAAGCAGCUCAUACGACCGAACAAGAACAGCAUAAUUCGGGUCUUUACUUACGCCGACUUUUCAAUCGCCUACGUCCAGAUCUGAGAGAUGUACAUGAACGAAAUCGGCGAGAUAUGUGGCUGGUCAAGUACUUGGCUCACCCGACAGCUUUGGUACCUCCCAGCCGGAUGCAGGUUAGGGCACUGGUUCACGCAGUUGAUGCCUUUGGUGAUGGAGGUCCUGGUGGAAAAAUCAUGAACCACGUCGAUUCGGAACAUCCGCUUUCUGACUUCCACUUUGUUCUUGAUUUGUUGAACGAUUUGGUCCCCGAUUUGGAGGCCGUCGAUUUUUCCAGUCGGCUACCUGCUCUAAGGCAUAGUAGUUACCAACAACAUCAAGGACAAGCGGCCCAGGCAUCCUCUCCUGGGGCCGCUCCUUACUUGUGGAACGUGCUCUAUGAAUUUGCGGCUCCAGAACUGCAGGCAGACUCCGUUAUUAUCGCGGCAAUGCUUCGUGGUCGCCCUGAACUUCGACUCUUUGACCCAGUUUUGCAGAAGCAAAUCGAUGCGGAGCCGCAACGCUAUUUUCAGCCACUGGAUGAACUAUUGGAUCUCCGCAGAGAUGACAAAACACCUUGUUCUGCACCUUAUUUAAUACUAGGUAGUACAACUACUUCAGCUAGGACUAGAAGUACUUCAACUUCGAGUUCGACCACUUCAGCUUCAACUUUGCGCGAACGUUUUCAAACUGACGUUGGUUUUGUCCUGGAAAUGAUCCUCAGAGGCGCGAAAGAAAUGGCAUGGACACUGACUUCGCAAGCGAUCCGCGAAAACGAAGACGUUCAAACAGCACUGCUGAACGAGUUUUACGGUUUUUUUAUUCGUGAUUUAAUGGAUUUGUUUGAUGGUGACUCUCCAAAAAAUUAUGGUAUGUAGCGUCGCGUGGCCGCUAGUUUAUACUUAUAUUAAAUAUAUUGUUUUAUUAGCUGCAGCAAGUAGUAGGACGUGCAAGCUCUUCAUGAGAAUGAUAUCAUCUAAGAAUUAGCUAUCAAGUUUCGCACAGUUGGCGGACCAGCAGUGAACGGCAGAAGGCUCAUCCGCACCGAAACAGGAGUUGAAAAGGAGACGGUGGUCCUCAAGCCAAGAAGAGACGAUACACGCACACCAGAGAUGGAGGCUGAUGAAGAAAGAGAAUGGAAGUUAAGAAUUUGGACAGUUUUGCAAUUGUACGUAGUUUAUAGUACUGACACUGAGGACUGAGGCAGGUGCAUGAUGUUGAAUGUGAAUCCUCCACGACAUCUCCAGUUAGCUUACUUGGUAGCACUUCUUUGCGUGCUUCGCUCCCAACUUUUCAAAUUGUGAGUAGGACCGCGAAGUACAACCCCUCCACCUACCGAUCCACCUGCUCCAGCCUUCUUGCAUUUCUAAUAGAAGAAGAAAUUUGGCAAGAGCUUAGUCACAACUAUCCGGAAAAGCUCCUAUGGGAUAACGAGUAUUUCCGAGAGCACGUCUUCCCUUCCAUGUCGAGGAAACACCUCACGCUCCGCGAUGGUACCCCUGAAAACGACUGGCGUUUGCUGGGGAUCUAUAGUUAUGACCGAUUUCAUCUGUUUUUCUUUUUGUUUUUUGCUAUUAUUUUCCUAUUGCUAGGUAGGUAAGCGUAGCCAAGUCUAUAAAUAUAAUGUUGGUUUUAUGGGGUAAAAGUACUUCAAUUCAAUACAUCUUUUAUUGUCUUUGUGAUUGUAAUUGUCAAGAGAGAUUCUUGUCUUUCACCACCAACAUUUCUAACCCCAGCAGAUCAGCCGUGAUGGUUGGGUAGACCGUCUUACGUCACAUUACAUCCUGGAACUCGGUCCUUGGCGAUUAGGUCACCCUGAAGCAUUGUACUGUACGGAGCUAAGGAAAGUUAAGGGCAGGUUUUUAAAGGUGUUCCCCCGGGCCUGUUAUGGCGUUCGUUUUGCCUUCCUGAAGGGGGAAAGGCAUAACGAACUGGGCAGACGAACACCAAAAGCCUACCUCUAAGAAAGGCCAAAGUCGAGCUUUUGUGCAAAUGUUCCAGAUUCUUGGCUUCGGAGAGUUAAGCUUCACAAGAUGUCCGUGAUGUUGGAGGAAAGAGGUUAAUGAUUUUUUCGGCAACUUACUACAAGAACAAUCAAUCGGGAGGGCGAAGACGACGAGGUGAAUAAAAUGCGCAAGACCACUGCUAGGAAGCAGAUCAUGACGUAAAACGUGCAAGAGAAGACAGGAAGACUGUACUAGCUAAGCGACGAACAUUGACUUUGAAAUACGAAGUGAGAGGACAAGAAAAGAAGAGAUGUUGUUGAAAGAGGCGGUAUUAAUGCAUAUAAAGUUCUAGUGACGACCUUCUAAAAGCCUUCCUUGUAUUUAGGACGAUGGAGUAAAGAACAUAGCUUGCCUUUUCAUGAUCGGAGGAGCAAGCAAUGCAGGUUCAGGUAUCUCUCGUUACAUCUUCAAUCAUAGAAAAGGUCGUGCAAAAUCUGGAAAAUCCACCUGCUUUGCAGUUUGCAUUGAUAUUUUUAAACAUCAGCAUAAAAUAUUAGAUUCAGACGAGGCACAACACAUCAGCAUUUAAAACAGCAUCAUUGUUUUCUUUUUUGUUUUAUGAGGAGUCUCGCGCGACCACGCGGACCAGUGGAGUUGUCUCCGUCUCCGUAUAUUGAACAAGAGUCUCUGGCACCUUAAUCACCGCAACUAAAAUUUGGCGGACGAGAGAAGACUUCAACAUCAUUACCUAGACCCGAAACGAG